AUGUUUUCUUCAAACACAGCGAACUUUGUCAAAAAUCAUCAUUUUUACUUUUAUCUUCUGCUUAUAUUAUUUACAGUAGAAGUGACACCAGGAGCGAAUGAUUUGCACUUCUACGACGGUUCGUCGAACGCUGAUAUAAUAGCCGGUGAUGUGUUCUUUGAGAUUCUGGAUCCGCCAGAGUUAAGCUAUACAUAUCGCAUCAGACCGGCUAAGGACUUCGGUGCCCCCUUUAAUAGUAGUGUAAGUUUUGAGAAAGCCCGUCUCGUCCCCACUAUUCCUCUUCAUAGCUGUUCAGAUUUAGUUAACCAAGAUGAUAUCAUUGGAAACAUUGCACUGUCAGAGAGAGGUGAAUGUUCAUUUGUGUUCAAAACAUUCAAGGCUCAAGAGUCGGGGGCCCGAGCGAUGAUCAUAACUGAAUCUAUUGACAGGUGGGAUGAAGCAUUGGAUCACCUAAUAGAAAUGGUUGAUGAUAAAAUGGAUUUGGACGUCCACAUACCUGCUGGGUUUCUCCUCGGUAGAAGCGGGGCAGCUGUUCUGAGAACUUUGAGGAAGUUACACAAACCUCAUGCUAUUGUAAAUCUUCCUAUAAACAUGACACAUAUACCCAUCAGUAGAAUGAACCAACCUCCAUGGAUUCCGUGGUAG